CGCGUGCGCUCCGCCCGCCCACCGUUCGCGCUCUCCCGCCGGCGGCGGACGCUCGGCCUCGCUCCUCAGCUUCCUCCGACGCCGGCGCUCCCGCAGGCCCCGGGGAGCCCCGCCCGGCCGCUCCUCCUCGCUGGUGGCGGCUCCAUGGCGCGGCGGCCCGAGGCCGGCGGCGCGGCCCGCGGUGCGCUGGCGCUGCCGGCGCUGCUGGCGCUGGCCCUGUGCGCGCCGGGGGCCGGGGGCCAGGCGCUCGAGUGGUACUCGGCCGUGGUGAGCCUCCAGUACGUGGACCGGCAGACGAACCGGACCGUGUGCAGCGUCUCGGAGAGCGGCCGCUUCGGCGACAGCUCCCCCAAGGAGGGCGCGCUGGGCCUGGUGGGCGUCCCCCGCGCUGGGGACGGCGACCCCGAGGGUUGCGCGCCCGACACACGCUUCGUGGUGCCCGCGCCUGGCGGCCGCGGAGCCGCGCCCUGGGUCGCCCUGGUGGCGCGUGGGGGCUGCACCUUCAAGGACAAGGUGCUGGUGGCGGCGCGGAGCAACGCCUCGGCCGUGGUGAUCUAUAACGAGGAGCGCCACGGGAACCUCACCGGGCCCAUGUCGCACGCGGGAACAGGAAAUAUAGUGGUCAUUAUGGUUAGCUACUCGAAAGGAAAAGAAAUUUUGGAUCUAGUACAAAAAGAAAUUCAAGUCAAAAUGACCAUAGGGGUUGGGACCCGCCAUGUCCAGGAGUUCAUCAGUGGCCAGUCAGUGGUGUUCGUGGCCAUCGCCUUCAUCACCAUGAUGAUCAUCUCAUUAGCGUGGCUAAUAUUUUACUAUAUACAGCGUUUCCUUUAUACUGGCUCACAGUUUGGAAGCCAGAGCCAUAGAAAAGAAACCAAGAAAGUUAUUGGCCAGCUCCCACUUCAUACUAUAAAGCAUGGAGAAAAGGGACUCGACGUCGACGCUGAGAACUGUGCCGUGUGCAUUGAGAAUUUUAAGGUGAAGGAUGUUAUCAGAAUCCUGCCGUGCAAGCAUAUUUUUCAUCGAGUGUGCAUUGACCCCUGGCUCUCUGAUCACCACACGUGUCCGAUGUGUAAGCUCGACGUCAUCAAAGCCCUGGGACUCUGGGGAGAGCCUGAGGGUGCCCCGGAGGUGCCCGCUGCUGAGGCCGCGAGUGUGGGUGUCACUGUUGGCAGCGAAGACAGGAGUGCCGGGAGCCCCUCCCCGCCGCCCUCCACCAGUGACCCCGCGCUGCAGUGCCGCGGGCACCCGAAAGACGACGCGGGGGAAAGCACAGCCUUACUCGAGACGGGCAGGAGCGACCCUCAGGGCGGAGGACCUGUCUCCUCGCUCGGCCACUGACCGCGGCCCGGCUGGAGCUCUGAGCUAAAGGACAUUUUAUUUUUUUUACUUUAGCACAUAGUUUCUAUAUUUGAAAAUAAUGUGCCUUUUGAUGAAUUAUUUUGCCUUUCCUGGUCUGAUUUGAUAUAUAAAGGGCUAAAUAUUUUAUUCUUACAGAGACUUUUUGAUUACUGUUCAUAUAUUUAUCUGCUGGAGUGUAUCAUUUACAAUAAGUGCAUGUUUCAGAUUGUUUAUGAGGAGGUGGGAGGAAGUGUUUCUGAACACUCGGCGAGCUCCUAUGUGAGCUCCUGCGUGAGUGAGGCUCAUUCCGUCUCACAAGGGUGGUUUUAGACUCAGCACGCUGAAUUUAGACGAGUUGGAGUGGAAUUGUGUAAUUAAAUCCCAUAAAUCUACCACAUCAGUUUUCCCUGGAAGAAAGGCAUUUUUAGAACAUUAUACUUGUAAAUGAAAUGAGAGGGAUCUACACCUUGGUAUUAUAUAGAGAGAUUUCACUUUUUCAUUGUUGUAUUACCCAAUUUCUUGUGACACUUUGAUGGGAAGUUUGCUCAUUUUUUUUUUCAACAAUUAAAAAUGCUCAGAAUCUGUAUUUCUGUGAAUAUUGGGUUCCCCGUUGCCUGUGUGGAAAAGCGAUUAGGCAGCGACCAGUUUUCUUUGUAAAUGAUGAAUUACAAUAUAUCGGUUCCAACAACAAUCUGAUAUUUAAAAUUGUAAGGGUGGAAAGUGGAGAAUUUCUUAUUGUUGUAACAAAAUAAACAACCAGUUUCCUAAUUAAUUUUAAAGCAGACUAAUAACCAUGCCCUUGCUGAAUCAGCUACCCUUUUUACUUUGUUUGCUGUUCUUACUUGCAGGUGAAAGGAGCAGCAAAUAAAAAGCAUUUGGAGA